AGUGAAAUUUUGAAACUUAAAAAUAUUUUUCUAAUUCCAUUUCCUGCUUAAAACAUUGAUUUAUAAAAAUAUAAAAAUGGUCACUGUAACGCUCAAAGAGGCCAAAACAUCAUACACAUCAAAUAAAACUAGUGUGGAAUCAAUAAAACAUGAAAUUUUUGAAAAAUUUAAAAUCCCAGAAGCCUUGUUUUACUUGUUGGCAAAUGGAAGAAUCGUCAACGAUGAAAACCUUAAUAAGCACAGUGAAAUUCAACUUGCAUUUAGAACCUUUGGUGGAAAAGGUGGCUUUGGAUCGAUGUUAAGAGCCAUUGGUGCACAGAUUGAAAAAACAACAAACAGAGAAGCUUGUAGGGAUUUGAGUGGUCGACGUUUGAGGGAUAUCAAUGAAGAGAAACGUUUAAAAACAUGGAUAGAAAAGAAAAUGAAUGAAGAAAAGGAAGACCCUGAUGAGAAGUUUCAAAAGAAAAUCGGAAAGUUGCUUGCUGUACCGAAGAAAGAAUUCAAAGAUGCCGACUACGAUGAAGCCAGAUCGAGUUUAUUGGAGAAUAUCAGCGAUUCAGUUGAACAAGGAUUCAAAAAAGCUCGUGAAUCAGAAACAAUUUUAUCUUCAGUCGGUUUGAAACGCAAAUCGGAUGAAAUUGAUGUCAAGAAGAAACCCGUGAAGAAAAUCAAAGGAGCAUUUUGGAUCGAUGAAGGAAUUAGUUCAUGUUCAGAUACCGACGAUGAGAGUGACUACGAACAAGGAGAGUCUUCUGGAGCUGGCAGUACAAGUUCGAAAUCUUAAUUAUUAUUCAUAAAAUGUAUUUAAAUGAAUGAAUAAAUGUUUCCUUUUUUAAAUUAAUUACAAAAAUAUUUAA